CCUUCAAAAGAGGUGCUUAGCAGGAUGUCCAACAGCAGCUUAACCCAGCAGAAUCAGUCUAUGAUGAGGACAGUGCCGGACACCUCAGACAGGCUUCGCUCUAUUCUCAUAACCCUGUACAGCAUUGACCUAGCUGGGGGUACGCUUGGUGUCCUUGUGAUGGCUCACCAGUUGAUUCAAAGGAAAUCCCAAUCUGUGAUAAUUAUUAUCAUAAUCAACCUCCUAGUGCUUCACACCCUUCUGUUACUCAGCAUCCCCUUCCGCCUCAGCUAUUACAUUUCACAGGAAUGGAAAUUUGGGACAUUCACUUGCAAGCUAGUAAGUGCCAUCAUCUACCUCCAUAUGUACACCACCUUCACCUUUUAUGUUGCUAUCAUCGUAAUACGUCUCUUUCAACUUGAGUUCAACAAGUGCUACACUACAAUUUGGGUGACAACUGUCUGGAUGCUAGGCGCUCUGGUGAUUGCUCCUGUUUUUCUCUCUUACUAUGGCACCUCUAGAACAUACCCUUCCUCUCAAUGCUUUCAGUUCCAGCAAGAGAUGGAAGGGAUGCCCAUGGUGGUACUAAACUACUGCUUGAUCGGAGUUCUGCUGGCAGUUUGUGUUUUGCUCACUAUAAUCCAGUUAUACGUGAUGUGCAGACUGACUGUGAAAUACUGGCCUGACAUCAACUCCCAUGUGGAAUUCCGGGCUCAGGCAAAGAGUUUCUUCUUCACCUUGGUAACAAUAGUCUGUUUUACGCCUCAUCAUGUAUUCAGAGUAUACUAUAUUCAGAAUUUCCACCUGGAUAAAGACCAUAAACUUCUCCCAUACAAUGAAAUUUUUUUAGCUUUAACAACAAUGUGCUGCUUGGAUAUGUUGUGUUUCAUAGCAGGCAUAGCCUACUGAACUAAGAACUAUCAGGAAAUCCAACUAACUGUGCCAGUACUGGCUCUUGGCAGAAAAAAACUGCGUCAGGACUUUACUGAGCCAGGGAGACUGCGGAGUUUUAAGAUGCUAUAUAGGAUUGUGGUAGUUGCCAGCUUUUACAGGCUAGAAAGAUACACCUUUCAGAAGCUACUGUUUUUCAGCUUCUUCCUUGAAGGCAGAUGAACCUUACUUUGGACUUUGACCUAAAUGUCAUGCUGUGAAUCUUCAUUAAGAUUUUCCUCAGCUAUCUCUCUGUAACCACUGCACUACACCUAUCCAUCCUUCAUCUUUUUUUCCUCAGAACAUCUCAAUAACAAGACAUUGUGCCUGAUAGAUUGUCCACUGUGAAAAUCUAACAAUGUCUUUUGACAGCUGUGAUGCCAAAGGAAAGAGGAAAGACAUUUCUUUGCAGUAUUUUUCCACAAGGAAACAAGGACGCAAACUGUACUAAAAACCAUAUUUGAGGCAUGAAACAAGACAUGAAUUAAAAGUUCUAGUGGAGUAUUUUAGAAGAAGCUUCUUUUCUUCACCUCUAUGAAGUGUAUAUUAAACCAAAUGAAAGCAUUUAAGAUUCUAACAACUUCAUCUUUACUUGCUUCAUUUAAAAAAUACAAGCGGCCCCCUGAAUUGCAGUACUUACACCUCUAGAAUUAGCAAGAGCUGAACAGGUUGCAGGUUUAAAAAAAAACACAACCCACUGUUCUAUGUUAAUCUCCCACCAGGACUGAAUUGGUGGAGGUUAUUCCCUAAGUCUAUCACAGCUACUACAGUUCCCUGCCCAUAACUGGAGCUAGAAUUCAAGAUUGGGGGCUUCAGUACUCCGCUGAAGGAUCAGCUGCUCUCUGACAUGGGGAAAUAUUCCAUCAGACUUCAAAAAAUUUUUGAUCAGAAGAAGUCUUUCAUGUCUGGUCACUUUCAUUUGCAUGCUAUUUAUUAUCAGAUGCCAUAUUUUUCCAUUUAUAGGUGUAACAAAGCAAAACCAGAAUAAACUAACUGAACUGUGUUUAAUCGGUUCAACAUAUGUUCCUGCAUGUGUAUAUAAACUUUCCAUGGAGUGUAUAUUUUUCCCAUUAGAUGGAUUAUAUUCUUUGUGACUUUGAAAAGUGGAAUUAAACACUUGAGUCUUGCUCUUUCAGGAACUGCAU